AUGAGUUUUAGUAUAACUAAAGUCUCCAAUAUGUUAGUAAAGUGGUAUCUUAUUUGUUCAUUUAUUUUUUAUUUUAUAAUAUCUAGUAAUCUUGUAAAAUCGUGCCACACUCAAUGCCCAAAAUAUUCAUACGAACCGUAUUUGGAACGUAUCAAAUAUUUGGUGCGAUUACCGGAUCAUAAGAAAUUGAACCAACUUGCACUCGUUGGUACUCAUUCGUCAUUAUCGUACAGUAUCAAUGAUGAACAAUCGUUGGUAAAAACUCAAAAUUUGAAUAUCCAACAGCAAUUGAAAUAUGGAGUUCGUGUAUUAGACAUUGGCAUACAUCCGCAAUCGAAUUUAUUCGAAAUCUAUACAGAAAAUGUUGAUACAAGCUUCAAGUUAUCGGAAUUAUUAUUGCAAGUUGAUAAUUUUCUUGACGAUAAUCCUGGUGAAUUCAUAAUUAUGUUUAUACGUCAAGUUUUUAUUUCAACACUAGAAGUUAACAAGAGCAAUUGUGACAUUCUUAAUUAUUACAUUGAAACUUCUGUGGGUGGAAAGCGUAUGGUAAAAAAUUGGGGGCUGAAUGACACUAUUGGACAACAUCGUGGGAAAAUUUUAUUAGCAAGUUUGGAUUAUUCAUUUGACGAUUGUACGUUGAUCCUUAAUCGUGAUUGUCAGAUCCAAAAUGAUAACGCUAUACAUAAAAAAAUGAAAAAUUCUUUUACUGUUGAGAAAAAGUGGACAGAAAUAUUUCAAAAUAUCCAACGGUCUUAUAAUAAAUCCUAUAAAUGUUAUAUAAAUGAUUUAAGUUAUUGGGACGGUGUUAAUACUCGUAAGGAUAUUGCUACAGAUGGUGGUUAUUAUCAUAACAAUGGCUGCCCUGUACCACUUAAUUUUAUAAUGGCUGAUAAUUUUCAAAAACCACACCGUGCUUUGAUUAUUGUUAUAGCUGAUUUUCCUCCUCAAAAAUUAAUUGAUGGAAUAAAUGACAGUAAUUUUCACGAUUCGUCUUGGCGAUCUGGAUGGAAUAAGUGA